CAUAAUAACAGUGCACAAACGAAGUGUUGGCGGCAAUUCGCCAGAGAAACUUUUGCAUAUUUUGACCAAAACAAAAAACCAUUUAUUUUCUAUUGAUUGUCCGAAGUAAUUUUGUUCAUUGAUCAUUUGACUGAAUAAUGGCAUUGCAAGAAGCGCCAGUUGCAAUUGAUGUCACGGACAUCCAAUUUAAAGUUCACAGCAAAUAUCAACUAUUCAAUGUGAAUGCAAGCACACCAAAUUACAAUGGCAUUGAUUUAUUGGCAGCGGCCAGUAACUUUGGUCUGGUUAUCGUUGGAAGACCAACAGCGCAAGAAAUACAAGUUCUCCGAUUGAAAGAUGUCACUGAGAACAAAGAAUCUCCAACGAUUCCUACACGAAUCAUAAACCUACCUGGUGAACCGUAUAUGUUGGCUGUUAGCUGUGAUCACAGUAUGCUUUCAGUGUGCUAUACAGUUAAUGGGACCACAUUUAUCGACAUAUAUGCAGUGCAAUCAUUUUUGUCGACGAAUGUUCAAUGUAUACUGUCAAAAAUUAUGGUAUCAAAUGCGAACAGCGUAAAAGUGAAUCAGAUCUUGUGGAAUCCAGUCAUUGCGAACACAAUGGCCCUUUGUCUUAGCGACGGGACGCUCACAUCAUAUCUCAUUAAAGCGAAUAGCUUUGAAUUCAAUGCAUUAGAUAAAGCAGAAAAUGCACGUUGUGCUUGUUGGAGCCCAAAAGGAAAGCAGAUUGUUGUCGCUUUUCCAAAUGGAAAAUUGGCACAAUACAAACCCGAUUUGAAGCUAGCAAAAGCAAUACCAUGUGCAACACAAAUUUUUGCGGGACCAUUUUAUCCAAUUGCUAUACAAUGGCUUUCGACAUAUCAAUUCGCUGUGGUGUUUGUCGAGAACAAAGAAGAAGCAAACCAAUCAUUAUUCAUAAUUAACACGUCAAAAACGGCGCCACCGACUUAUAUCAACUACUAUGACAUUACGUUCAGUCAGACAGGGCCAAGAGCACCACAAGUUUUUCUUGUUCAUAUUUUACAAUGGAAUAUUUUGUUAAUGGCCUCAUCAAAUGGAACUGAAAUUGGAAUUUUGGGCACGACCGAAUCAGGAGAGAAUCCACUUUGGAAACAAUAUACAUUUAUUGACGAAGGCCGUGCUGAACUUCCAUUGACAGCAGAUAAACAAGAUACAUUCCCAAUUGGGUUGGCAUUAGACACUGGUUGCACACAUCAGCUGACUAUUGGUGAAAAUCUAAUUCCCGUCAUGCCAAUGCUACACAUUCUAUCCACACAUGGAUUCAUCUUAUCCUUUGAUAUGUUAAAUUUUCAACCGACCCGAGUCGAUAUUUGUUCACCACCCCAAAAUAUAUCGGAUCAAUCUGGAUUAGGAUUUUUCAAACAAAAUGCAACUGCUGGAGCGGCUCAAAAAAUAAUGACAACUCCACCAUCACAACAACCAAAUGCUGCUAGAACAUCAUCGUCAAAUGAUUUUCAUGUGAAUAAUCUAACGUUUGCCAUACCAGAAACGGGUGCAACUUCAACGCCAGCAAAACAACCACAAUCCAUGCAAACAAAACCAACAUUUGGCUUACAAACGACCGAAGCUCAGCAGCCGAAGCCAGCGAUGUCUAGUCUAUUCGGUGCAAAGCAAACAAUUGGUUUUGGAUCAAGUGGUUUGGGUGGUCCGAAAGAACUGCCAAAACCUUUUGGCCAACCAACAAUGCAGCCAGCACCAACACCAGCAUCCGCAUCGCCAUCGGUUAUUCCACAAAAUAGUGCGGUAAAAGUGUCAUCAGAAGCAAGCAAACCAUUUUUAACGGUUCAAUCGACCUACAAACCAGUACCACAGGCUGCAAAAAAUCCUACAUCGAGCAUUGUAUCAAAUUCAGAAAAUGACGCACUUUUACGAAAGCUUAUUAAAGAAGAGAUCGAAGCGUUUGACACUGAAAUUCGUGCUGCGCUUAAUCGCUCGAAAAAUGUUCAAAUCAAUAUUUGCGGCAAAGAAGAACUCAGCAAAUUGAUAAAAAAUAUCGAUGAAAUGCAAGAGAUCACCACACAAGCCACAGAAAGUACCGAAUCAAUUAAGGUUGACGUAAAUUCAUUGCGAUUGACAUUGUAUGAAAUGCAUGCAAUGAUGGCAGAAGCACAGAGCAAAAUUGAAGAAUUCAAUAAGAUUGGAAAAACAAGUGAUGGAAAUUUAGCAGCAAAUCAAACACAUCGUAGACUUAUCAAUAAGCUACAAAAUCAAUUGGCACAAAAUCAAGCAAGAUUUGAUGUAUUCAGUAAGCAACUCGAUGCCAACUGGUCAGCACAUUUGCAAAAUCAACGCGAAAAUGAUAAGGCAAGAAUGCGCAUACCAACACUUGAAAAUGUUUACCAAACGUUGGAACAACAGCAUCAGAUACUGAUGAAAGAAAAAGCCAAGAUCAGUAAGAUCAAAUCGAAGAUUGGCGGUCGUGAUUCUUCUCCAAGUAAAAUUAAAUAUUCGUAUUCAAAAACUGACAAUCUGAAAAUGAAUUCUCUUGUCGAUUCGGUGCUAUCGUUAACGAUUAGCGAUCAAAUCAGAAGUGAGCAAAAACCAUUGAACGCCUCCAAAUUGGAUGCAUUGCGUAAAGCAACACUAUCCAGUCGAAAGAUUAAUGUCAUUAAACCUUCACGACCAGAUCGACAGGGAAUAAAUUCCGAGAUAAUAAUCGAGAAAAAGCUGGCUCACGCCAAAGCUCAAAAGGAGAAGGAGAAUUUGAAAAAAGCCGAACUUGAAGCUGAACGUGCACGCCAAGAAGAAUUGACAAAGCAAAAGGAUUUGGCCAAGCCGAAACCAUUAUUGCCAACACCCACAACACAACCGGUGGCCGCAGCGGCUGCAGCAGCUGCAGCACCAUUUUUGUCAAAACCAAAAGAAGUUAUUGACAAGCAACCGCUAACGGUGACACCGGCAUUGCCAUCGUCGACAGGUUCAUCGUUGUUUGGUUCAAAACAGUUGUUCGGCUCAUCUCAAAUUGGCACGACUACAGUACCUGCAAAAAGUUUCGAUACCAAGUCAAUUUUCAGUAGUGAUCAACCAAAAUCGCAGCUAUCGUUUGGCAUUAGUGCGGAAAAACCACCAGCACAAAAAUCCGAACCAACAACAAACCAAAGUACAGGUUUGAGUAAAACUGUUUCAUUCAAUACGGCCGCAACGGCUCCAAGUGGAUUUGCGUUUGGGACAAAGCCAGAACCAACAGAAACUGUGCCCAGUUCAACAAAAUCGACUGGAUUCUCAUUUGGCGCCAGUACACCACAGGCCUUUGGUUCAAUGUCUCAAAUGAAAUCGGACGGUUCAAUGCCAUCUGUUUCAGUGAGCCAGCCAAAGCCCGCAUUAUUACAAACACCAACCUCGACGAACAAAGAACCAACACUACUUAGAAAUGCACCAAUUAUUGCAACCGGCGUGAAUAUUUCACCAAAACAAACAACAAAAACACCUUUAUUGGCAACACCGCCAAAUAUUCAACCGCAACAAACAAACGUUCAAUCAACAGUGACAACAACUUCAAGCCCAUUCAAAUUUAACAUGGGCAAUACGUUUGCUGCAACUACGACACCCGAUAAAUCGAAAUCAGACAAAGAAAAUGCACCGAUUGCUGUAAGCGUUACUUCAGCACCGAACACAAGUUCAAUUGGAAACUUUUCAUUUUUAUCUGGACUCUCAAGCACAUCAACACCACCGACAAAAUCAAACACACCAUCGACCGUAUCAACAGUACAAGCAGCCAAUGUUUCAUCGCCAAUUUCAGUGGCAUCAAAUCCAACUGUGGUAUCAUCAACACCAAGUUCGAUCGGAUUCAGUUUUGCCAAAGCAAGCACUGAACCAUCAAUAUUUGGUGGCACUCAAACAGGCGCAACAACAACGACAACAAGCACAGUAGCAACUACUGCUGCCAAUGUGAUUACUAGUUCAUCGGAUGUUGGCUCAAUUUUCAAAGGAUUUAACAUUUGCAAACCAAAUGUGGUGGACACGUCAAAUGCUGGAAAGAGCCCAUUCGGCGGUAAUGAAACAAAAUGGUCGUUAAGCGGACUUAGCGGAGGUGAUGCAUCUUCACCAACGACUACAAGUGCCUCUGUUUUUGGAUCGAUUGCACAAUCACCGUCAACAUCGGCUCAGGCCAGCCCAUUUGUCGGUAAAUCAAUCACAACCAGUGCAAGUACAUUACCAACAACUAGUACUACAACGAGUAUAUUUGGUGCAAAGUCACCCGAUACAACGCCAUCUCAGCCAGCCGCUGGUACAAAUGUGUUUGGCGCGAAAUCGGUUGAAAGUGCAUCGGUAUCAUUUGGUGGUUUUGGAAUAUCCUCGACUCCACCAUCAUCAGCAGCUAGCCCAUCUGCUGCAUCGGCCGGAAAUCUAUUUGGUUCCGUUCCUGCACCAACGUCAGCUGGAAAUAUCUUUGGCGGCGCCAUUGGUAGCAGCAAUACCAGUACAGCAUCAAUCUUUGGCGGAUCAACACCAACCUCACCACAAGCUGGAUUCGGUUCGUCUGUCUUCAGCAAUGCAAACACCACCACCAAUAUAUUUGGCGGUGCUGCAAGUACUUCAUCAUCAACAUCUGCUUCAAUGUUCGGCGGUACGGCAACAAAUCCUUCGUCGGGUGGUUCACUUUUUGGUGGUUCUGGUUUCAGUUCACCGCAACAGCCAUCAAGUGGUUUUGGUUUGAGCGCUAUUGCUGCGCAAUCGAAUCAUACAUUUGGAUCAUCGGCAACAUUUGGAUCGGCGCCAGCAUUUGGCAGUCCAACACAGAAAGGAGGCGGUUUCGGUACAUUUGCCAAUACAAACCCAAUUCCAUCAUUCACAACGCCACCAAAAUCAAACUCACUGUUUGAAAGUCUUGGCUCAUCUGAUAAUGCAAUGACGUUUGGUAAUUUAGCACAAAAUGCAGCGGCCGCACCGAAACAAUUUUCUGGCGGAACAUCAUUUUCAAGUUGGCGUUAAUAUCGAUAUGACUUACAUAUAAUACAUAUUCAAUAAUUCAAAGUUAUCGUUUUGUUUAAAAAAAAAUUAUGAACGAAAAUUAAGUUGUUUGUAGUUUGAUCAACAAUCGAAAAAUAAAGAAACGUAAAAAGAA